UGCCUUUCGGUGAGGCGGCUGUGGAACAGGCGCUGGACGAGCUGGGCGAACUGGACGCCGCACUGCUGACCGACAUCCAAGACAUGCUUCAGCUCAUCAACAACCAAGACAGUGACUUCCCUGGCCUGUUUGAUUCCCCCUAUGCAGGGGGCGGGGCAGGAGACACAGAGCCCACCAGCCCUGGUGCCAACUCUCCUGAGAGCUUGUCUUCUCCUGCUUCCCUGGGUUCCUCUCUGGAAGCCUUCCUGGGGGAACCCAAGGCAACACCUGCAUCCUUGUCCCCUGUGCCGUCUGCAUCCACUGCUUUAAAGAUGUACCCGUCUGUGCCCCCCUUCUCCCCUGGGCCUGGAAUCAAAGAAGAGCCAGUGCCACUCACCAUCCUGCAGCCCCCAGCAGCACAGCCAUCACCAGGGACCCUCCUGCCUCCGAGUUUCCCUCCACCACCCCUGCAGCUCAGCCCGGCUCCUGUGCUGGGGUAUUCUAGCCUUCCUUCAGGCUUCUCAGGGACCCUUCCUGGAAAUACCCAACAGCCACCAUCUAGCCUGUCACUGGCCUCUGCACCAGGAGUCUCGCCCAUCUCUUUACACACCCAGGUCCAGAGCUCAGCCUCCCAGCAGCCACUGCCAGCCUCAACAGCCCCUAGAACAACCACUGUGACCUCACAGAUCCAGCGGGUCCCAGUCGUACUGCAGCCACAUUUCAUCAAGGCAGAUUCACAGCUACUGACAACUGUAAAAACAGAUACAGGAGCCACGAUGAAGACGGCUGGCAUCAGUACCUUAGCCCCUGGCACAGCCGUGCAGGCAGGCCCCUUGCAGACCCUGGUGAGUGGUGGGACCAUCCUGGCCACAGUACCAUUGGUUGUGGAUACAGACAAACUGCCCAUCCAUCGACUGGCAGCUGGCAGCAAGGCCCUGGGCUCAGCUCAGAGCCGUGGUGAGAAGCGCACAGCCCACAAUGCCAUUGAGAAGCGCUACCGUUCCUCUAUCAAUGACAAGAUUGUGGAGCUCAAAGACCUGGUGGUGGGCACUGAGGCAAAGCUGAAUAAAUCUGCCGUCUUGCGCAAGGCCAUCGACUAUAUCCGCUUCUUACAGCACAGCAACCAGAAGCUCAAGCAGGAGAACCUGGCCCUGCGAAAUGCCGCUCACAAAAGCGGCUCUAAUUGGACCCAGUGGUUGGUGCCACCCCUAGUCAGGCUGGCCAAUGGACUACUAGUGUUGGCCUGCCUGGCUCUUCUCUUUGUCAAUGGGGAACCUGUGACCCGGCCACACACUAGCCCAGCUGUACACUUCUGGAGACAUCGCAAACAGGCUGACCUGGACUUGGCUCGGGGAGAUUUUGCCCAGGCUGCUCAGCAGCUGUGGCUGGCCCUGCAGGCAUUGGGACGGCCCCUGCCCACCUCGAACCUAGACUUGGCCUGCAGCCUGCUUUGGAACCUCAUCCGCCACCUGCUGCAGCGUCUCUGGGUUGGCCGCUGGCUGGCAGGCCGGGCUGGGGGCUUGCGGAGAGACUGUGGACUGAGAAUGGAUGCACGUGCCAGUGCUCGAGAUGCGGCUCUCGUCUACCAUAAGCUGCACCAGCUGCAUGCCAUGGGCAAAUACACAGGAGGGCACCUCAUUGCUUCUAACCUGGCACUGAGUGCCCUGAACCUGGCCGAGUGCGCAGGAGAUGCUGUAUCCAUGGCAACGCUGGCAGAGAUCUAUGUGGCUGCUGCCCGGAGGGUCAAGACCAGUCUCCCAAGAGCCUUGCACUUUUUGACACGUUUCUUCCUGAGUAGUGCCCGCCAGGCCUGCCUGGCACAGAGUGGCUCAGUGCCUCUUGCCAUGCAGUGGCUCUGCCACCCUGUAGGCCACCGUUUCUUCGUGGAUGGGGACUGGGCUGUGCAUGGUGCCCCACAGGAGAGCCUGUACAGCGUGGCUGGGAACCCAGUGGAUCCCCUCGCCCAGGUGACUCGACUAUUCUGCGAACAUCUCUUGGAGAGAGCACUGAACUGUAUUGCUCAACCCAGCCCGGGGACAGCUGAUGGAGACAGGGAGUUCUCUGACGCACUUGGAUACCUGCAGUUGCUAAAUCGCUGCUCUGAUGCUGUCGGGACUCCUGCCUGCAGCUUCUCUGUCAGCUCCAGCAUGGCUUCCACCACCGGCACAGACCCAGUGGCCAAGUGGUGGGCCUCACUGACGGCUUGGCUGCGGCGGGAUGAAGAGGCAGCUGAGCGCCUAUACCCGCUGGUAGAGCGUAUGCCCCACGUGCUGCAGGAGACUGAGAGACCCCUGCCCAAGGCAGCUCUGUACUCCUUCAAGGCUGCCCGGGCUCUGCUGGACCACAGAAAAGUGGAGUCUGGCCCAGCCAGCCUGGCCAUCUGUGAGAAGGCCAGCGGGUACUUGCGGGACAGCUUAGCCGCUCCACCAACUGGCAGCUCCAUUGACAAGGCCAUGCAGCUGCUCCUGUGUGAUCUACUUCUUGUGGCCCGCACUAGUAUGUGGCAGCGCCAGCAGUCACCAGCCUCAGCCCAGGUAGCUCACAGUGCCAGCAAUGGAUCUCAGGCCUCCGCUUUGGAGCUUCGAGGUUUCCAACAGGACCUGAGCAGCCUGAGGCGCUUGGCACAGAACUUCCGGCCUGCUAUGAGGAGAGUGUUCCUACACGAGGCCACAGCUCGGCUGAUGGCAGGGGCAAGUCCUGCCCGGACACACCAGCUCCUGGACCGAAGUCUGCGGAGGCGGGGGGGCUCCAGUGGCAAAGGAGGCACUGUAGCUGAGCUGGAGCCUCGACCCACAUGGCGGGAGCACACAGAGGCCUUGCUGCUGGCCUCCUGCUAUCUGCCACCUGCCUUCCUGUCGGCCCCUGGACAGCAAAUGAGCAUGUUGGCUGAGGCAGCACGCACUGUAGAGAAGCUUGGUGAUCAUCGGCUACUGCUUGACUGCCAGCAGAUGCUUCUGCGCCUGGGCGGUGGGACCACUGUCACUUCCAGCUAAACCUUGGAUGGUCUCCCCAGUAUUAGAGGCCCUUAAGGACCUUUGUCACUGGCUGUGGUCGUCCAGAGAGGGUGAGCCUGACAAGCAAUCAGGAUCAUGCCGACCUCUAGUGACAAAUCUAGAAAUUGCAGAGGCUGCACUGGCCCAAUGCCACCCUCUUGCUCUGUAGGCACCUUUUUCCUGUCCUAUGGAAAGGAACCUUUCCCCUAGCUGAGGGCCACCCUGUCCUGAGGCUCUCACCCACUCCUGGAAGACUUGUAUAUAGUGUAGAUCCAGCUGAGCCAGUUUCCUGUGCAGGCUCAUGUACUACUUUAACUUUUGCAAACUUUAUUUUCAUAGGUUGAGAAAUUUUGUACAGAAAAUUAAAAAGUGAAAUUAUUUAUA